AUGGCGUCGUUCUCAUCUAUAAUUCCACCGGGCGGGAUGCUGUCCACCGUGUUCAACAUUGCCUCCAUAUGCGUUGGCGCUGGCAUCCUCGGACUCCCUGCCGCCUCAAACAGCAGCGGUGUGGUCAUGGCGGUUGUGUACCCGGCCAUCGUUGGGGUUCUCACUGUCUACGCACUGUACUGCCUCGCCGUGCAGAUGGAGCGGCUUGGCCUGACGACUUACGAAGACAUGGCACGUACGCUGCUGGGGCCUGGCUUUGACUACUUCACAACUGCUGUGCGUUCUGCAAUUACCUUCGGCGGCUGUGUCGCGUUCAUCAUCUGCGUGGCGGACGUCUUCAGGGCCAUUUUCAAGAAUGCGGAUGCCUCGGGGUACUGGAGGUCGAGUUCAGGCGCCCGUCUGCUGACAAGCCUGGUGUGGCUUGUCUUGAUGUUGCCCUUCGUCAUCCCGAGGCGCAUCAACUCGCUGCGCUACGUCUCGACGGUGGGCGUUGUCUUCAUCAUCUACUUCGUGGUGAUGAUCAUCGUUCACUCGGGCAUGAACGGACUGGCAGAAAACUCGAAACACAUAACUGUCGCCGGCAGACCCACCGAUGACGGUGUCCACUUGUUCGGCACCGGCAACAAGGCACUGGACGGCGUCGGAGUUUUUAUGUUUGCCUACACGUGCCAUAUCGGUGCGUUUGAGGUCUACUGGGACAUGAGAGAGCGCAGCGUGAGUCGAUUCACCCUGUACUCCGCCAUUGCAGUUCUUCUGUGCUUCAUCCUGUACGCCCUGACAGGCAUCUUCGGCUACUUUGACUUUGGCAGUCGCGCAACCGUCUCCGCUCUGCUGCUGUACGACCCAGUCAAGGAGCCGGCGGUGAUGGUGGGAUACGUUGGCGUGCUGGUGAAGCUGUGCGCCUCCUAUCCGCUUCUCAUCAUGAUCACCCGAAACUCCCUCUACCACAGUUUUGGGUGGAACCCCGACACGCUGCCGUUUUGGAAACACUGUAUCUUCGUCAUCAGCCUCGCUGUUGCUUCGCUGCUUUGCGGCCUGUUCAUCCCAAAGAUCAACACGGUGUUUGGUCUCAUUGGUGCGUUCUGUGGCGGUAUAUUGGCCUUUAUUCUUCCCUCUCUCCUGAUGAUGUACGGCGGUAACUGGUCGCUGCGGUCGGUUGGAUGGAUGCACUACACCUUCACGUACGUGAUGCUUCUCGCCGGUGUUGCGAUGAUGGUGUUCGGCACG